CACUGCAGUCACAGACCAUCAUCCAUGGCGGUUCUCAGCAAUGGGCCUCCGGUUUUGAUUCUAACGCAGCCGCCCAAUAAGCAUCCGAACCAUUGCCACUUGAGUCUUGGUUUUUCCGUUCUCCGUCCGAGACAUUUUUCUAGGACUGCCAGACUCUUAGUCGAAUUAUCCAACUCUCGGAUCAAAAGCUUUGAACGUGAUGGUACAGACAGCUCUGAUGCCGCCAAAUCCAAAAUUAUACCAGAGGAUCAAAAUCAUGCUUCUGAUAGUUCAUCAGGGAGAUUAGAUAACACAACUGCUAGUAAUGGAAACUCAUUUCUGGCAAAAUUAGGAAUACUUCUAGGAAUAGCUGCCUUUUUUACGUUCUUAUCUGUUAAGUUGAGGCUGCCAAGUCAGGGAUCGUCGCUUGGGAUUCAGUUUUUGUCAGAUGCCUCGGCCACUUCCCCUUUGGCAUCACCUGCUGGUGCUUUUAGCUUCCGGGCAUUUGGACAUAGAGUUAUACUUCCUGAAUAUGCCCCUGGAUGGGUAUACUUUUGGUUGCUGAUGGCCGCUGGAUGUGGACUUUUUAUCAGUGAGGAGGCAUUGAAUAUAUGGGUUGGCAUCACCUUGGCACGACUACUGUCUCUAGAUGGGACGUGGCAAUCUCUUGUUGAUUCAUUUUCUAGGAAUGCUCCGUACAUCAUAUCCACUGUUGUAUGGGUGUAUUGGGGGGUUUGUAUCAGUGACAUGAUACCGUUUUACCUCGGGAAACUUUUUAAACAAUCUGGAGCUUCUGAUGAUGUUUGUUCAAAGUUGGGGAUUGGCAGAGAGAAAGCCAUGGAAAUAACAAGCAAAGUACAGAAAUACGGAAAUCUUAGUGGCUUUGUGGAACGGUUUUCUCUUGGAGUAAGAAAUCCUACUGCUUUUCUUGCUGGAGCAAUGGAUAUAUCGCCGGAGUGCUUCUUUGCCGGCGUCUGCUGUGGUGGACUGUUAACUCUUCCAAUACAGUUGGCAAUCGGUUUCCUGCUGAGAGAACGCCCCGUCUUCGCCGUUGCAACUGUUGCAACUGCAGUGGGUAUCUGGACAGUGUUUCCCUACGCUGUGGCUGCUUUGACAGCAGCAUUUCUCUAUCUGAGGCGUCGCUAUUCAACUUAGCUUGGCUCUAUUUAUCCGAAAGAGAGAGAGAGGGUACACUACAUCCACCCCACCCACAUCGGAAGAGCUGACAGGUCCCAACUACCAAUGAGCAACAAUUAAUUUAAUUACCUAAUAUUCAGGCUCAAUUUAUAUUGACAAAUUUUAAUUUUUAACAUUUGAUUAAAUACCGAGGGAUGUAUUUGA